UGUGAGAGCCGCUCUGGCCAGCAGUGCGCGCUUCCGCUCUGAGUCAGGGCUGAGGAACUGAGGCAGGCGCUGCUGCUCGGCCGGGGAAGUUUUCUGCUGCUUCAAGUGUUCAUUUCUGUGCGCAGCUCAACUUUAACAUCACAAGAUGCCAUGAAGUGACUGCUGAAACUAGGACCACGAAUAUGGCUUCCAGACGAAGCGGUAGCCCACAGCAAACGUCCUCUGGCAUGUCUCGCAGACGGAUGCCGAAGAGCAAGGAGAAGGAGAUGAUCCAUCAGUGCUCCGACUGCGGGAAGAGCUUUCACCUAGAAAGUCGGCUCAAAACGCACAUGCGCAUUCACACCCGAGAGAGGCUUUUCUACUGCCUAGACUGCGGGAAGGGUUUCAAUCGGCAGAACAAUCUCCAGAGGCACCGCCGCAUCCACACAGGAGAGAAGCCGUUCCGCUGCUCGCACUGCGAGAAGAGCUUCAGUCGUCUGAGCUACCUCCAACAGCACCAGCGCACCCACACGGGAGAGAAGCCGUUCUACUGCUCAGAGUGCGGGAAGAGCUUCAAUCAUCAGGGCAACCUCAUCCAGCACCAGCUCAUCCACGUCGGAGAGAAGCUGUACCACUGCUCGGACUGCGGGGUGAGCUUUUAUCACCAGAGCAACCUCACGAAGCACCUGCGCAUCCACACGGGAGAGAAGCCGUAUUACUGCGCCGACUGCGGGAAGUGUUUCAAUCAGCAGAGCACCCUUCUGACGCACCGGCGCAUUCACACCGGAGAGAAACCUUACGAGUGCCCGGACUGCGGGAAGAGCUUCAACCACAAGAGCAACCUCCAGAGACACCAGGUCAUUCACACGGGAGAGAAGCCGUACGAGUGCCCGGACUGCGGAAAGUCUUUCAGCCGGCAGAGCAGCCUCCAGCUGCACCAGCGCAUCCACACCGGAGACAAACUGUUCGACUGCGCAGACUGCGGGAAGAGCUUCAAUCAGCUCACUAACUUCCUAAGACACCAACGCAUUCACACAGGAGAGAAACCGUAUUACUGCUCCGAGUGCGGGAACAGUUUCAAUCAGCUGAGCAGCUUCCAGAUACAUCAGCGGAUUCACACGGGAGAGAAGCCGUUUAGCUGCUUGGACUGUGGGAAGAGCUUUAUUCAGCAAAGUAACCUCCAAGCACAUCAGCGCAUUCACAGAGAGGAGAAAUACACUGCUUUGUUUCUAGGCGGAGCUUCAAACCACUUUGGCCCAGAAGGUCCCCAGUUUGACAUGCGUGCAGUCUGCUGGCCGAGUCCACUGGCCCCUUUUCAAACCGGCUGCCCUCGGCGACCACCAGAGCGAGCUCCGAGCGAGCUCAGCAGUGGAGUGGAACAGCAGAAGACCCGUGGUGGUCAGCGGUCCACGCCUCCUCCGUGCACGCAGACUGGAAGAGCCCAAAGAGGAGCUCGGCUGCUGAAGACGCCGUCUCCUGCGCUUGGUGCCGAUUUUUAUAGACAGCUCAAAUUUGACUCCACAAACGCAUCAAAAGAGGCAACAAUGUUGAGUGUGUCAGAGAACAUGGCGUCCAAAAGAAGCCCCAGCCCUCAGCAGAUAUCCUCUGAUACCCUCUGCACUACUGAGUCUCACAGGCUAAUGCAAAACAACCCAGACGAGUUGACAAGCCACCAGUGCUCAGACUGUGGGAGGAGUUUUACUGAUCAGAGUCUUCUCCAGCUGCACCAGUACAUCCACACAGAGGAACCACUGUACGACUGCUCGGAAAACGGGAAGGGAUUUAACCGCCCGAGUCAUCUCCAGACGCUCAAGCGCGUUCACACAGGAGAGAAACCGUAUCACUGCUCAGACUGCGGAAAGCGCUUUAAUCAAGCGGGCAGUUUCCAAAGGCACCAGCGCGUUCACAGAGGAGAGAAACCUUUCUGCUGCUCAGACUGCGGGAAAAGUUUUAACCGACAGAGCAGCUUCCAGGCCCACCAGCGCAUCCACACCGGAGAGAAACCGUACCUCUGCUCAGACUGCGGGAAGAGCUUCAGUCGGCAGAGUAGUCUCCAGCAACACCAGCGCACUCACACAGGAGAGAAGCCAUAUCAGUGCUCAGAUUGCGGGAGGAGCUUCAAUCAGCUGAGCAACCUCCAAACUCACCAGCGCGUUCACACCGGAGAGAAACCGUAUUACUGCUCGGAGUGUUGGAAGAGUUUUAGUCAGCCGAGCAGCCUCCAGCAACACCAGCGCAUUCACACUGGGGAUAAACCGUAUUACUGUUCCGACUGUGGGAAGAGUUUUAAUCGACAGAGCAGCUUCCAGCUACACCAGCGCGUCCACACCGGAGAGAAACCGUAUCUGUGCUCAGAGUGCGGGAAGAGUUUCAACCAGCUGAGUAACCUGCAAACGCAUCAGCGCAUCCACACGGGUGAGAAACCGUAUCAGUGCUCGGAAUGUGGGAAGAGUUUUAAUCGACAGAGUCAUCUCCAGACACACCAGCGUAUUCACACAGGGGAGAAACCGUAUCAGUGCUUUGAAUGUGGGCGGAGCUUCAGACAAACCAGUGCUUUGAAUACACAUGAUUGCACUAAGAGGGAGAUCAAAACUGAAGAUAGUGAGGCGCAGUUGGACUCCAGCGAGCCCAGCAGUAACGUGGAGAAGAAGAAGCUCUGCUUUGAUCUGCUGGCCACACCUCCGCGCUCGGACAGUGCUGGAAGAACCCAAACAGGAGCUUCGCUGUUGAAGGUUUUCUUCACAGCUCCACAAUCACAUCAAAGAUGCCACCAAAAGGAGCUUGUCAGGCUGCUGAAUUUACAUAUCACCUAUGAGAAUAUGGCAUCCAAAAGAAGCUCCAGUCCUCAGCAAACGUCCUCUGGUACUCCAGGCAUUAAGGCAUCUCACAGAGGCUUGAAGAAUGAUAGAAAGAAGAAGAAAAGCCACCAGUGCUCGGACUUUGGGAAGAGUUUCGGUCAACAGAGUCGUCUCCGACAGCACCAACGACUCCAAACAGGUGCGAAACCCUGUCACCGCUCAGACAGUGAGACGAAAGGCCCAGGAGAGAAGCCGUACCCCUGCCCGAACUGCUGGAAGACCUUUAGUCUACAGAGUAACUUCCUAAGGCACCAGCAGAUUCACUCAGAGGAGAAGCUGUACUACUGCUCAGAGUGCGGGAAGAGCUUCAACCGGCAGGGGAACCUCCAAUCGCACCAACGCAUCCACACCGGAGAAAAGCCUCAUCUCUGCCCCGACUGCGGGAGGAGCUUCGCUCACCUCGGCAGCCUCCAGAGACACCGACGCAUUCACACGGGAGAGAGGCCGUAUCACUGCACAGACUGCGGCAAGAGUUUCAACAAUCAGAGUAACUUCCAGACGCACCUGCGCAUUCACACCGGAGAGAAACCGUAUUAUUGCGCCGACUGUGGCCGGAGCUUCGCUCAUCAGUGUAACCUCCAAACACACCAGCGCGUUCACACCGGAGAGAGACCGUAUUACUGCUCGGACUGCGGCAGGAGCUUCGCCCAUCACAGUAACUUGCAAACGCACCUGCGCAUCCACACAGGAGAGAAACCGCAUCACUGCUUCGCAGGAGAUAUGAUGUCAUCACAGCCAACCUCCAGAGAACCCUGUCUACUUUGGUGGGUUCUGCUGUGCAGCGAGGAACAGACUCAUGAACUCGUGUUUAGUUCCAUACCAGCUGGGAAAAUGCCUUGUUCAUUUUCGCUGUAUUAUCCUAUAUUUUUCCUCUUUUUUUGGAAUUGUCCUUAUUAUAAGCACCAAGUGUUGUUUAGUUUAGCAGUAUGUGUCUCUGAUCCACGCCCCACACUCGGUGCUGUGGGAGGAGAUCAAACAGAAGCUGUGCUGUUGAAGUAUGAUGAUAUGGCUUGCAGACGAAGCACCAGUCCACCGCAAACAACUCCUGGCACUUUCUUUGUUAAGACGUCUUGCAGGCGAAUGCAAAGCAAAACAGACAAGGACAAAAGCCACCAGUGCUCAGACUGCGGGAAGAGUUUUAAUCAACGGAGUCAUCUUCAGACACACCAGCGCGUUCACACAGGAGCGAAACCAUAUCGUUGUCCAGACUGUGGGAUGAGUUUUAAUCAUCAGGGGACACUCCAGACACACCAGCGCAUACACACAGGAGAGAAACCGUAUUAUUGCCCAGACUGUGGCAAGAGUUUUAAUCGGCAUAGUAGUCUUCGACAGCACCGGCGCAUUCACACAGGAGAGAAACCGUAUCGCUGCUCAGAGUGCAUGAAGAGUUUCAGUCGGCAGAGUAGUCUCCAGCUGCACGAGCGUACUCACAGCGGAGUGAAGCCGUAUCCCUGCUCAGUUUGCGGGAAGAGUUUCAAUCAUCAGAGCAACCUGCUAAGACACCAGCGCAUUCACACAGGAGAGAAACCGUAUUACUGCUCCGAGUGCGGGAAGAGUUUCAAUCAGCCAGGUAGUCUCCAAACACAUCAGCGCGUCCACACGGGAGAAAAGCCAUAUUACUGUUCGGACUGUGGUAAGAGUUUUAGUCAGCAGAGCAACCUCCAACAACACCAGUGCGUUCCCUCAGGAGACAACCCCUAUCCCUGCUCGGACUGCGGGAGGAGCUUUAAUCAUCUCAACGGUCUCCAAACACACCAGCGUGUUCACACUGGAGAGAAGCCAUUUAACUGUUCAGACUGUGGCAAGAGUUUUAAUUAUCAGAGUCAUCUCCAGCUGCACCAGCUGAUCCACACCGGAGAGAAACCGUUUCUCUGCUCAGACUGUGGGAAGUGUUUUAAUCGGAAGAGUCAUCUCCAGACGCACCAGCUCAUUCACACAGGAGAGAAACCGUAUCACUGCUCAGACUGUGGGAAGAGUUUCAAUCGGCGGAGUAAUCUCAAAGCACACCGGCGCGUUCACACGGGAGAGAAGCCGUAUCGCUGCUUCGAAUGUGGACGAAGCUUCAGACAAACGAGGAGUUUAAAGAGACAUGAGUGCGCUAAGAAGGAUGUUGAAAACUCAUGAUUUGUGAGUUAGUGAGAUAAUUUUUAAUAAGGUCACGGUCAACCUGGAUUAUGUAUCAUUUCAUUUUCCUAUUUAAAGUAAUAGUUCUGUCAGCUCUGACAGUACUUUUCUCUCUUACCCCAGAUUUCACCUACCAAUACAAAUUUGAUGCUUGAAAUCUGCUGAAACAUUAGUCGUUUCAAAUCAAAAUUGAAGAGUGCAAUUUUCCAAUCGCAAGAUCUUAAAUGUUUUAAAUUAUGGUCUUAUAUUACAACAUUAUAUUAAGUUUAAAUCAAACUGCAUUCAGGGUUCAGAAAAGUGGACAUUCUGGUUCUCCUGACCAAAACAAAAGACAUAUGUAUUAGUAUUUUCUGUUUUAUACAAACUAUCCACAAUUUAUAUUGCAGUUGCAAUAUUAGUCAGAAUUGCAAUUAUAAAUUUUUUUUACAAAUUGGUCAGCCCUACCAAUCAGUAACUGAAGUUUAUCCUGCAUCAUAUUUACACUGUGUAUGCCUAAAAUGUCAUACACUUGCCUCCACAUACAUUGUUUAGCUGAAUAAUGACAUUUGUAUAUUAACAGUUUCAUAGUAGACAUCAUUAUUUUAGCAUUGGCAAAAGUAUUUAUAGAUCAGUGGUCUCCAACUCUCCCCUUUUCAAGAGAUACUGUCCUGCGGAAUUCUGUUCCAGCCUGCAUCUAAUGUGCUGCAACUACCCUCAACCAACACUGGUGCCUCUAAUCCAGCCAGUCAGGAACUGAAGAAUCUAAUUAGCUGUAGCAGAUUGUGGUUGGAAAUAGACUCUGCAGGAUGUAGAAACAUGCCAUAAUAGAACAAAUAAAAGGAAACCUGACUUUACGAUCAAGUCUUUUUCCGAAAAAAUCUUUUUGUCUGUUGAUAAAGUAAGUACAGCCCUGGCUUCGGGAAAUUGGAAUUCAGAUCUGGGCUUUGACUAUGCCAUUCCGCAACUUUCUUUACUUUUGAGCAAUUCCUUGGUGGAUUUACUUGUAUGUUUGGGAUCAUUAGCCUGUUGGAAGGUCCACUUCUUCAGCUUCAACUUUCUGGCAUAUUUUCUGAUGUCCUCCUCAAGCACUCUCUGAUAUGAAAUAGUAUUAAUUCAUAGUCAAUUCUGUGAUUGCAAGUUGGCUAGCAAAGCAGCCCCAAACCAUACACUGCUACCAACACACUUUACAGUUGUUACAAGAUUCUUCCGAUCAAAUACUGUCUUUGGUUUUUGCUGAUUGUGGCUUCUGGUACUGUGACCAAACAACUCUAUCUUUGACUUAUUUGUCUGUAGCACAUUGUUGCGGAAGUCCUGGUCUUUGGCAUCUCAUGGGCAUCUGCAACCUUCUUUCUGAAGGCCUCAGGGAGCUCCUUUAGUCUAGGCAUGAUAAUACCCCAAACUCCAAUAACUAAGAGCUGAUCAUAUAUCUGAAGGAUUAAAUAAGAAAAAUUCCUCCAAGAUAUUCUCUGAUGGCGUUCUGAUCAUUAGCACCUGAUCGGAUGCAUCUGAUUUCAGUUUGAUACAUCUGAAGCAGUGAUAUUUGUAGAGUUGUACUUUUUGUCAUAUCAGGAAACCUCAUUUUUCUUUAUUUCAGUUAUGUAACAAAGAUGGAGAUCACACUUGUUAAAUUAUAUCACCUUUAUCAACAUCUUUAUCCAUCAACUUUACAUGACUGUACAGCACUAUUCAUAAUGUACACUGUUUGCAUCUAUGUGCAAUCUCAGUCUUUAGUUGAUGAUCACUACAGUGCUCCAUAACUGUGGUCAUAUAAUGAAUUAAAAAUAGAAAAUAUUCAACAAAGUCACAAACUGCAAGUUUUUGGAAUCGAUUGCUAAUAUAUUUGGGCCAGGUUCAUAUUGAUUAGCAUAAACUUGGAAGAUCUGUAAUGAGUUUUUCCUAAAUGUGUAGCCUGAUGAUUAGCUCAGUCCACCAGAAGCAUUAAUGGAAAGACAUCACUCACAAGCUUUAAAUUAACUAAUGGUCAACUUAAUAGACAGCUAGAGAACUUUGGUAUUACUAGUAUUGCUAUGUUUUGCACUUCACUCAUCUUGAAUUACCUGCACAGGUAAGGUGGGAGGAUAGGAUUAGUCGUGUACACUGUGCUUCUUUCUACAAACGCCAGUGAAGCUGGUGGGAUACCAAGACCACUAACAGGGUGUAAACUUGAGAUCAUCAUAGUGCUCAAAGGUGGACCUUGAAUCCAGUUUCUGGGAUUUGGUAAUGAGUGGCAGUUAACUGAACUAUUGAUGGAACUCAUUGUAAGUGUCUUACCUACCAGUGAUUACAAAAUUCAGGAAUGGGACCUGGAUUCAAGGUCCAGAUUUGAAGAGGUCUAUAUGUUCCACUGAAAGUCUGGGAGGUUGUUCUCAUUCCUAAGGAAAGAUGGCUGUGAAAGGUAGAAAGAAAGGAGAGGGUGAAAUUGAGCAUCUGGACCAGAGAUGAAUGGUCCACUUGGUUCUUUGUAUUGCAUAAUGUCUACACUCUUAAUAAAGAUUGUUAUUUAAGGGUUCUUUAGUAAAUACACUGGAUCAGUAUAGAACCAUGAAGACUCAAAGAUCCAUUUGCAUGAUUAAAUGUUCUUUGCAUGGUGAAAGGAUUCUUCAGAUUGGAGUAAAAUGUUUGGUAUAUGAUACAUUUUUUAAAAGGGUUCUAUUGUUACAACCUUGACGUUGUAACAGUAGCAGAACCCUUUUUGGUGCUAUAUAUGGAACCAUAUACACGUCCAGCAAUCUGAAGAACCAUUUUACCAUGCAAAGAACCCUUUAGGCAACCCUUUAGACACCCACAGGACCAUUUGCAUGAUUAAAGCUUUCUUUGCAUGAUUAAAUGGUUCUCCAGACUGAUGUACAAUGUGCAGUAUAUAUUUUUGAAAAAGGUUCUAUGUAGCACCAAAAAGGGUUCUACUGUUAAAAGCUUGACAUUGUAACAAUAGCAGAACUCUUUGAUGCUUCCUAGAACCAUAUACAACACAUUGUCCAUCAAUCUGAAGAACCAUUCUACCAUGCAAAGAACCCUUUAAUCAUGCCAGUGGUUCUUUUGAGUGUCUGUCCUAAAGAACCCUUGAAGAACCAUCUUUUUUCAGAGGAUAUAAUCUGCCUUUCUCAUGUUUUCUAGUUUACUUCGUGAGAUUAGGAUCUUUUUUCAGUCCUGACUUUUGAUAAAAUUGAAUAUUAUGUUCUAAUUUUCAUGUUUCUGGUCAUAUUAAUGAUUUGUCAGACUUCUGGUUCAUUAUUGUUUUCCUUAUCUUUUUUGGAUCCCGAAUGAUGAUGUUUAACUGAAAGCUUGUAUAAAAGGGACUACAAAUAUCCUUCUUUCAAAAUAUACAGCAUCGAUUUUAUUAGUUGCUCAUUUAUUAAUUGAUGAAUAUGCCAACAUAUGAUUGUGGUGCACUUUGAUGUGCAUGAAUAAACUGGGUUCCUUAAUUUGA